CUCUCCACAGCCGGGAGAGAGCCCGGCACCUCGGCCGCCGACGCAGCAGCCGCCUCCGCUCGCUCAGCCCCGAGGCGCGCGGGAUCCCGGGCAGCCCCGGCGGGCGCGGCGAGAGGGCGCGCGAGGCGGCGUGGGGCGGGCCGCACGCGCCCCCGGCCGCCCCCCGCCCGCACGCGGACCGGCCCAGCGGAGCCCCGGCGCGGGGAGCGCCGGCCGGGCGAGGGCGAGGGCGAUGCCGCGGUGACGGCCCCGCCAUGGCGAAGCCCGCAGCGACGGCGGCGGCGGCGUCGGAGGAGCUGAGCCAGGUGCCGGACGAGGAGCUGCUGCGCUGGAGCAAGGAGGAGCUGGCGCGGCGGCUGCGGCGCGCGGAGGGCGAGAAGGUGGGCCUCAUGCUGGAGCACGGCGGCCUGAUGCGCGACGUGAACCGGCGGCUGCAGCAACACCUGCUGGAGAUCCGCGGCCUCAAGGACGUGAACCAGCGGCUGCAGGACGACAACCAGGAGCUGCGCGAGCUCUGUUGCUUCCUCGACGACGACCGGCAGAAGGGGCGCAAGCUGGCGCGCGAGUGGCAGCGCUUCGGGCGCCACGCGGCCGGCGCCGUGUGGCACGAGGUGGCCCGCUCGCAGCAGAAGCUGCGCGAGCUCGAAGCGCGCCAGGAGGCCCUGCUGCGCGAGAACCUGGAGCUCAAGGAACUGGUGCUGCUGCUGGACGAGGAGCGCGCGGCACUGGCGGCGGCGGGGGGUGCGGGCGGCGGAGGGAGCGGCGGCGGCGGCGCGGGCUCCCGCAGCUCCAUCGACAGCCAGGCCAGCCUGAGCGGGCCCCUGGCGGGUGGCGCGCCGGGCGCGGGGGCCCGCGACGUGGGCGACGGCAGCAGUACGUCCAGUGCGGGCAGCGGCGGCAGCCCGGACCACCACCACCACGUCCCACCCCCGCUGCUGCCCCCCGGGCCGCACAAGGCCCCCGACGGCAAGGCAGGAGCCACACGUCGGUCCCUGGACGACCUGUCGGCGCCGCCGCACCACCGCAGCAUCCCCAACGGCCUGCACGAUCCCUCGUCCACCUACAUCAGGCAACUGGAGACCAAAGUCAGGCUGCUGGAGGGUGACAAGCUCCUCGCACAGCUGCCCCGCCCCUAUGGCCGCCCGAGAAGCUGGCUUCAGCAGGCAGGCUCCGGAGAGUUCCGCACGCUGCGGAAAGGCUUCUCACCCUACCACUCGGAGUCCCAGCUCGCGUCCCUGCCGCCCUCCUACCAGGACGCCCUGCAGAAUGUCCUGGAGGUGCAUGAGAAUCUGGACCGGCAGCUCCAGGACAGCUGCGAGGAGGACCUGAGUGAGAAAGAGAAGGCCAUCGUUCGUGAGAUGUGCAACGUCGUCUGGAGAAAGCUGGGAGACGCGGCCAGCUCCAAGCCCUCCAUACGGCAGCACCUGUCUGGGAACCAGUUCAAGGGGCCUUUGUAGGGCCACUCUUGCGUGGACGUGGACUGGCCCCACUGGG